AUGUCCGUCAAGGCGCCCGAUGACUUGGCCGACGCCGACGCCGUUGCCACCGGUAGCGCAAACGACGCGACCGUUGAGCGCAGAGUCGUCAAGAAGCUGGACCGAAACUUUCUCUUCCUCCUAUGGUUUCUCUUCCUUCUUGCGUUUCUCGAUCGCUCCAACAUUGGCAACGCGCGAGUCGCCGGCAUGGACAAGGACCUAUCGCUGAGCAGCGACCAGUACCAAUGGCUGCUGACCGUCUUCUACAUCUUCUACAUCCUCGCCGAGCCGCUCACCCUCAUGUACAAGGUCGUCUCGCCCCGCGCCUGGGUGCCCGUCCUCGUGCUCGGCUGGGGCGUCGCCGCCACCGCCCAGGCCGCCACCCGCUCCUUUGCGGGGAUGAUGGUCUGCCGCGCCCUGCUCGCCACCUUUGAGGCCGGGUACGGCCCCGGCACCAUCUAUCUGCUAUCAUUCUUCUACCUGCGUCGCGAAAUUGGACUGCGCAUCGGCAUAUUCUUCUCCGCCGCGCCGCUGGCCACGUGCUUCGCGGGCGCGCUGGCGUACGCCAUCACCUCCGGUCACUCCCGCCUGGCCAACUGGAGGCUGCUGUUCCUAGUGGAGGGGAUACCGGUGUUGGUGAUGUCUGUGGUGACGUACUUUGCCAUGCCGAGCUCCCCGCAGGACGCAUGGUUCCUCGACGAGGACGAGAAGAGGGUGGCGCUGGCGCGGGGUGUGCGACAGGCGGGCAAGGAGCCUCGCGUGGGUAGGAUUAGCUGGAAGGAGACGUUUUCGACGCUCCUCGAUUUGAAGGCGUGGAUCACGGCCAUCAUGUAUUUCUCCUGCAACGUUUCCUACGCCUCCCUGCCAGUGUUCCUGCCAACCAUCCUCGAGGACUUGGCAGGAUACUCUGGACUGAACGCGCAAGGCCUAUCCGCCCCGCCGUACUUUAUAUCCUUCCUUGUCACCAUCUGCUCGACCUUCAUCGCGGACCGAACCCAGCAGCGGGGCCUGACCGUCAUCACGCUGGCGCUCAUCGCCAGUGCUGGAUACGUCAUGCUUGCUGCGGCCAGCACCAACGCUGUGCGUUACGCCGGGGUGUACCUCGCCGCGCUCGGGCUCUUCCCGACCAUCGCCAACGUGCUGCCGUGGGUGCUCAGCAACCAGGGCAGCGACGAGCGCCGCGGCGCCGGCAUCGUCCUGCUCAACCUGGUCGGGCAGUGCGGGCCGCUGCUGGGCACCCGCCUGUACCCGAAGAGCGAGGCGCCAGACUACACCAAGGGACACGCGAUAUGCGCGGGGUUCAUGGGGUUCACGGCGCUGUUGGCGCUGUGCCUCCGGUGCCUCCUGGUGUGGGAAAAUCGCAAGCUGGCGCAGAGGUGUCCGGCGGUGGAGGACGAGGAGGACGUGCAAGGCGAGGAGAACUACGGUCCAUCUUUUCGAUACGUGCUAUAG